UGUGGGAUCAUCACCAUUUGACAAUGGCAAAAUUAUGAUAAUUCUGAUAAGAUUUCUUGAUAUUCACAUACACACAUCCAUCCACGACUGUUGUGGAAUCCGAAGAACCUUAUCUAUUUCAUUCUAAUCCAUUUUAUUUUAGUCCAUUAUAUGAAAUGUGUAUCCCUGUUUUUUCAAGGGAAAGAAUCAUGAGCUUCAAGAACAUUACAAGACAGAAUCGAUGAACUCAGUUCUGCUAUUGCCCUUUUUAGAUGGUGGUGGAGAGAGAUGUUCCUUCGGGAGAUACAUUAUGUCCAGUCGUGUUUGGUUUCUAUUCAAUUUUACUUUGCAAUUAAGUAAAGUAAUUUUCAUGGAUAUUCUAUCCCGUACUGUUAUACAUUUAAUAAGGCUACACAAAAACGAAGUAGUGGACAGGCUGUUCACCUACCUGCUCAUUGCUGGAUUGUUGAAUCAAAGUCGUCUCCUAGGAGUACUGUUUGAACUAUGCACGUCCAUAUUCUUCACCUAAAUGAUGCAACAUAUAUAAUUAGUUAUCCAAUUUCUACUUGCGCGUCUUCAAAGAGUUGUCAUGGUCGGUCGGAUUAGCACCCAUCCAUCCCCAACGUGCUAUGUCAAAAUGGAUUUUCUUUUUUUAUUGGUUAAAAAAAAUUAACGUAAUAUUAUAGUAAUUUUAUUAUAACCAUUAGUACCACCAAUUUAUUGUACUUAAAAAUCAGGAAGAGAAAAACAAGAUGAUAAUUUGCUCUUCUUUUUUUUUUAAUAAGGGAUAUUACUGCAACGUGCUGAUGGUAUAUAGAAGGAAAGCAAUUUUUUGUCAUUGCACUAAUCAACAAAUCACGAGAAAAUUAUUGGAAUUGUGAUAAUAAUUUUAGAAAAAUAUCUUACUACCCUUUCCCCCAUAAAUUCUGGUUUUGAAUUGAAACUUCUCUUUUGAUUUUUAAAUAACCCGUGAUCAUCCACUGCUGGUCGAAAUUGUCAUGCCACAGAUAUCACUAUAUAUAUAUAUCUCUGUGUUUUAUGUUAAUUCUAAGAGAAUCAUUGCCAUCUUUACUUCUUUUGAGAAUUUUAAAAUUUUUACUGAAUAAAAAGAGUAGCCAUGAGAGUUUCUUUAGAAGCGUUAGCAAUGGCGGAUAUGGAUUAUGUUGAAUGGGGCAUGGAUGUUCAAGAAUGGGAGCGACGGGAAGAAGAAGAAGAUGGCGCACCUCCACCUCAUUUGCUAGCUGAAGAAGAUGAAGAUGAAGAUUUUCCAUUGAAUUUGAAUUUUCCGGGAAAACUUUCGCAUGUGGAAGCCAAUCAGAGUAGAAAUGAAGAUGAGAAUAAUGUAGCUCAAUCUGAAUGGUGGAAGGCUAUUUUCUUGAUGGUGAAGACCAUUAUAAGGAUUUUGAUCAUUACAUGGGUUGAUAUUCGUGAGCGAUGCAACUCCUAACAGUAGCCAAUAGUUAUUUUGUUUAUUUCUUUUAUUUAUUAAAAUUCAAUUUGUUAAAUCAUAAUAAUAAAAUACAAAUUUAUCCA